AUGGCAGCUGCUAAUUACCUGGGCAGCAUCCGAGGGGCGGUCACAAAAGUGCUUAUGAUGCCCUCUGCCAAAUUAAGGUGUCGGCGGCAAUUAGCAUAUACCAUGAGCCCCAGAGACAGUGCCAUCUCCAACACUCAAACAGAGACAGUGCCAUCUCCAACAGACACAAACAGAGACAGUGCCAUCUCCAACACUCAAACAGAGACAGUGCCAUCUCCAACACUCAAGCAGAGACAGUGCCACCUCCAACACUCCAGCAGAGACAGUACAUCUCCAACAUUCAAACAAAGACGGUACCAUAUCCAACACUCAAAACGAGACAGUGCCACCUCAACACUCAAGCAGAACAGUGCCACCAGCACUCCAAGCAGAGACAGUGCCAACUCCAGCAGACACAAACAGAGACAGUGCCAGCUCCAACAGGAGCCUGUGGGAACAGUGCCAACUCCAGCAGACACAAGCAGAGAUAGUGCCACCUCUAACAGACAGAAACAGAGCAGUGCCUCAGGGAAUGAUGUCACCUCUAACAUACAGAAACAAAGUGUCACCUCUAAUGGACAGGAAGGAGAAGUGCCACCUUACUGUCAACAGUGCCACCUUACUGUCAACAGUGCCACCUUACUGUCAACAGUGCCACGUUACUCUCAACAGUGCCACCUUACUCUCAACAGUGCCACCUUACUCUCAACAGUGCCACCUUACUCUCAACAGUGCCACCUUACUCUCAACAGUCCACCCACUGUCAACAGUGCCACCUUAACUCUCAACAGUGCCACCUUACUGUCAACAGUGCCACCUUACUCUCAACAGUGCCACCUUACUCUCAACAGUGCCACCUUACUCUCAACAGUGCCACCUUACUCUCAACAGUGCCACCUUACUCCUAUUCCCCUCAUGAUAAUUAAUGUGAUGCAGGAAAUGCUUCUGUCACUGUGUUGUGUGUAUGCUAAUGAGACAGGUUGUUACUGCAGCCAAACCAUUUUUCAAGAAAUUGUGAAACUGGAGAUGUGUUGA